GAGUCAGUGAAAAUGCUUAGAGUUAUAAGAUGUUAACUUGAAUUAAAAUGUCCAAUUUUAGUCGUUUCAUACCAAAGUUUUUGUGUGUUUGUUUAUGUUUAAGUGGAAUAAACGCUUUUGUACUACGAGCAUAUAUUUCACAACAUGGCCUUCACGGAGAAAUCGAAUUCUCUCAGAAAAACGAAACACUUGUCAGUAUUAGAACCAACUUGAAACCAACUCUACAGUAUCCUGAUGGAGUGUGGCGAUGGACGAUACAUGAAUUUCCAGUUGAUUACAGAGUUAUUUCCAAUGACAGAUGUUCCGAAGAGAAUUUAGGAAGAGAAUUAAUAGAUUUGACUGACGAACUUGGCUACCUAGUAAUUCCUGGUAAAGAUCACGCAGAAUUCGAGAGCAAAAAUUCUCUCAUAGGGCCUAAUGGCUUAUGGGGUAAAAGUAUAGUCCUAGAAACAGCUGAAAGAGACAGAGUAAUUUGUGCAUCAAUAUUCUCGACAGAGUAUCAGCAUGAGCAGCAUGCUUUCGCAAAGUUCACAUCACCAAUCGCUGGGACGCUGCACUUUAGAUGGAUCUCUUCUAAGGAGUACGAUGAAGCAGAUUCCUAUAUACAAGCUGAUUUGUAUCAUACAAAGGCUGUACAAGAAAAAGACUUCACUCAGCAUAAGUGGAAGUUAUUCGUGACGGAUAUUUUCGAUGCAGAUAAGGGCAAUCAUGAAGAUAAUUGUAAUGUUCUUCAAGCUGUAUUUGAUCCAGAGAACAAUGGGGACGGUAUGACUGUAGGAGAUUUAGACAGUCGUUUGGGGUUGAUUAAGGUGGCAUCCGAUCCCAAUGUACAGAAAACUAGAAAGCUUUAUAAAGACGAAGUUUUGAAUAUAUUGAGAAAUGAUAUGGAAGUUACGAAAAGGAGUUUGUAUGUAGUGAUUUAUGAUAGUAAGCAUACCGAUAGUUUUUUGGCAUGCGCUAAGCUACGGCUAAUGUUACCGAAGACCACGAAAUCCCUAAUUAAUAUGGAUGGAAUCCGGGGUUCAAUUGAAUUCACCCAGCGUUCACCAUAUGAUCCAACAUGGGCAAAUUUUCAACUUGGUUCUUCGGACUUGGACUAUGAAGGAAAUCUUCGAUUUGUUGGUUCCAUUACACAAUACAGUAUAAGAGAUCUGCCUCCGCGGCUUUAUGAGGCCAAAUAUUGGGAGACAAUGUGUAAUACCACGGGUGGCAUGUACAACCCAAAUGAUCUUGAUUUGAAGAAUACCCCACCACCAGGUUUGAGCACACAGGACCACUACGCAAUAGGAGAUCUCCUCGGCAAGUACAAAGACAGAACGGAGUAUUUGAACCAUAAAUAUUUACUUCCGGGCCUGGCGAAUGAACUGAGUGGCUCGUACUGGGAUGUCUUUUUGCCAUUAAGUGGAAAAUACAGUGUUAUGCAUAGAUCUGUAGUCAUUACAAGGCGACCACCCAAACGUGAGCUCUGUGGGACAAUCCAUUCGUACGAAUACGGUACUGACUACCAGACUCAGAUGAGUUCGGCUGAAGCGGUUUAUCGCUAUCCCAUAGUCAGUAGAGUUAUCUUCAGACAGCCACUUGAGAGGCCAUGGGAGGAUACAACUAUUAUCAUUGAGAAUAUGAUCCAUUCUGACGGCUCUAAUGUAAAUAACACCCACGAACACCGUUGGGCUAUACAUCAAUUUCCUCCGGGUGCUGAUUAUUAUAACUGGACCGCACGGUGCCUCAGUGCCGGUAAAAUGUACGACCCUCAUGGAGUGGACACAGACUCACGACAUCCAGAGCAAUACUGCAAAGUGGGGAUGGAAGGACUGUGCAGAAUUGGAGACUUCAAUACCAGACAUGGGAUGUUAUCUGUGGCUGGUAGAAAGAGGGACAGUGAGAAGUUAACGCGGAGACUCUUCACGGACACCGUGGUAGGUCUGGCGGGGAAGUACUCCAUCAUGAAGAAGUCAUUGGUGAUAUAUGACGAUCACGGACCGGUUGCUCGGGGGGAGAGGAUGGCCUGUUCUCCUUUAAACGGACUUUACCGUCGGAAGGCAGUGGUUCGCGAUUGGUUCGGUAAUGGUGACGAAAUUUCACUCAUUGGAAAGUUUGAGAUGAUACAACAGUCUGAAUAUGACGUCACCAAUGUGCAAAUAAAUCUGGACAAUUUGGCUCACGACGCACACAACUACAAAAUUCAUAUUACACCUGUUGAAAAAGAACUGGAGUUCCCGUGCGAGAAAACAACAUUAUAUGAUACUUACAAUCCAUUUAACAUCAGCAAAGCAGCCGAGCCACCACCUACUAAAGGUACAGCGGACCAAUAUCAACUGGGAGAUUUGGGAAGUAAAUACGGGUUACUGGAUGACAUAAAAAAGUUUUCCACAGCGUAUAAUGAAACACAGCUGACAUUACACGGACCGUAUAGCAUAAUUGGACGAUCGGUUGCCAUUCAUAAAGAUCAACGCGAUCGUCGCUGGGCCUGUUCAACAAUAGAACGUGGGUACAGUCCUUCUGAAGCGCGAGAAAUUCGCGGGAUCGCUUCCUUUCACCACCCGGGUGGGUUCGCAUAUGGGUAUAUACGGAUGACACAGUUAAUACACAACGAUGGAAGUACGAGUGAUACGAUAAUUGAAGUGAAGUUGCGGCAUCCGGGACAGUAUGACAGGAAUUUGACUCGCAACCAUCGUUGGGAGAUAUUUGUGAAUCCAGUUGGUGUGGAUGCGGCAGUCAAGGUGACAAACACGCGUUGUGUGGCGGGUGGAUACAGAUGGAAUCCAUAUUUCACACAACUCGCUGAUCCAUUAAAUCAUGACCUGUAUAAUCAAGAGUGUGGAGCUGACAAUCCAUUGCGGUGUGAUGUAGGAGAUCUGACUGCGAGACUUGGGACUAUAAGUAUUGGAAGUGAUCGUCAAAUGUUUGUCGAUAGCAACUUCCCCUUGGAAGGCAAGGUGACUGCAAUGGGCCGGUCUAUAGUUAUCAUGGGCCCUGAAAGAAGUAGCGAGAAAUUCGCUUGUGCGAACCUCCAACCGGACAAGGAUAUUAUAAAAUUUGUUAAUAUUAUGAAACCACCGAGAUUUGUUUUGGGUCAAUUCUUACGUGAAAUACGCAAAGUGAUGGGCGUACCAGAGUGGAUGGUGGGGGUCGAUUCUCGUCGUACGCGUAUACUACACUUCGGUGCGUGUAUACAAGUGUUACUACACUUCCAGGGACCAGAUGCUAACCGGCUCGAACUAGAUUUCACCAAAUUACUUGCAUCAGGUAGAUUAGAUUCGCCGAGUAUUUUUAUUCCCGGAUUUAUUGAUACGAAGAGAAAGCGUACAGUUUCAUACAAACUGUGUGGUGUCACGGAUCCGAAUGAGAAAAAAGCCAAUUUGGAGGGGCCAUUUUUGUUUUUUGGCCCAAAGUCUUUGGACAAAUUCAAGAAGCCGGCCUUAAAAUUCCUUGACCAAGAUGACCUGAUGAAGAUAUAUGCUGAGCCAUCGGCGAUUGUAGUAUUUAAUAACCAGGAUUCGUUGACUCUUUCAAGUGGCAAUUUUCCAAGGCUACGGAAGAUGCUAGAGGGUCAGUCUCUGUUGGUUUUACCUCAAGACUUUUUGGAUGUGCACCCGGAUUACAUCAGUAAUGAAACCCAGGUGCUCACCCUGCAAGGACCUUGGUCAGAACGAGAUGCUCAAAUGACUGAGACCUUUGAUAGACUUCAAGAUAUAUAUGGGGAGGGAAAAGUAUUAGGAGUUUUAGGUAACUCAGUAUCUCAGUCCCAACCUAUUGAUUACGACAGUGAGUGGUCUCGCGUUCGGCGCCAGGCCGAAGACGGCACUACCACAAUCACUUCAACGACAGAAGAAGACAAACCAGCUCGGAAUUUACCUAAAUACGCCCUGUACAAUGCCACUGGUCCUCCAGGCAAAGCAGCUUUACUAUACUCCACAGGAUGGCCAGAGCUCAAGUGGGAGGAUGGUACCACCACAGUCCUUGACACUCCAGUGGGGGAACCAACAGUGAAACCAACAAGACUAUAUACUAUACUCGUUGUGAGAUUUGCUGAUGGCGGUAAUACUCGAGACAAGAUAACCCUGGAGUUCAGCUUCAAGCAAUCUGCUGGUUGGUGGACAGCAGUGGGUGUGGAAGUGAAGCGAGGGUUAGCCACAAGUGGCCUCAACUUGCAGGCACCAGCCCCUCCAGACGCUCCUUCAGCUGUUCUGGGAAAGGCUUACCACUGUUCCCUACCGUUGGUCUACGCGUCUGAGGAGGCGUCCCUCACAUUUCGGAAUAUCCAGAUGCAGCCGUUUAUGGACAGUACUGAGAAAUUCUCGGAUGCAUUCGACUGCAUUGGAUUUACUACCGUGCCCAUAUGGUCUGGUCUAAUGGUAACAUUUAUAAUGCUUAUGGGUCUUUCUGUGUCCAUAACUAUGAUAUUGGAUAUAAAAACCAUGGACAAAUUCGAAAAUAGUCGUAGCAAACAACUAACAAUAACUGUUUCUGAAUAAAUGUGAUUUGAAGCGAAAAUUUAUAGUAAAUUAGUUUGGGAAUGUAUUUCUAAUUAAACAAACAUUUUUGAAAUUGCUAGUUGGUAAUGUUGGUAAUUGCCAGUUAUAAAUAAUAAUGGUAAAACUUAAUUUACUUGCUAAAGUAUUUUCUAGUAUAGAUU